GCUCUUCUUACCGCUGAUACAGUAUCCAAGAUGAAGAUUCUUAACAUCUAUAUAUAGCGACUUUUCCCUAUAAACACCGCCAGCCUUCCUCUCCCCCUUCACAACAUUCUUUUACAUUUCACGUUGAACGUAACCCAGAUUGUAUUUGUGCUGAAUAAAGUUUUGAUUUUGGGCCAACCCACAAGAAAAUCUUGGACACCCAGGUGGAUUUAUUGUUUGUUCUGACCAAAGCAGUGUGUUCUGUGGUGUUCAUCACUACCCAAGUUCAAGAUACUUGAUUUUGGUGAAUAAUUAUAUGUAUGUUUUGCUGGCCAAGGCAAUCUCGGAUUGUGAAAGAAAGAUUGUGUUUAAGUUUUGAGAUUCAUGGGGAAUUGUCGCAGUGUUGAAGUAGAUGGGCAAUGUCAAGGGCAGCAGCAGCAGUAUGUUGGAGCUGAUCGUGUUAUUGUGGUGAUACCCAAUAAUGUCAGGGAUCUUCGCCAGAAUCCGGGGAAUAGUAAUCUUGAUAUCUUUACAUAUGAAGAGAUGAGGCUGGCCACUAAGCGGUUUCGCUCUGAUCAAGUUCUUGGGGAGGGCGGAUUUGGAAUUGUGUACAAAGGAGUUAUAGAUGAGAAUGUUAGGCCUGGUUACAUGAAAACUGAAGUCGCCAUCAAGGAGCUUGAUCCAGAAGGAAUCCAAGGCGACAGAGAAUGGCUGGCUGAAGUCAACUAUUUGGGACAGCUCGAACACCCUAAUCUUGUGAAGCUCAUAGGUUACUGCUGUGAUGAUGAUCACAGGCUUCUGGUCUAUGAAUAUAUGGCAUAUGGGAGCCUGGAAAAUCACCUUUUCCAAAGAGUGAAUUCUACUAUGACUUGGGCAAGACGGUUAAAAAUUGCUUUGGACGCUGCAAAAGGGCUCGCUUUUCUUCACUGUGCAGAAAGAUCUAUUAUCUACCGGGAUUUUAAGACAUCGAACAUAUUGCUGGAUGCGCAUUUCAAUGCAAAACUUUCUGACUUCGGACUUGCAAAGGAUGGACCUAUGGGAGAUCAAACUCAUGUAUCAACACGAGUUAUGGGCACUUAUGGUUAUGCAGCUCCUGAAUAUGUGAUGACAGGUCAUUUGACAGCCAGAAGUGAUAUAUAUGGUUUUGGAGUGGUGCUACUUGAAAUGUUGAUAGGAAGGAAAGCAAUGGACAAGAGCCGACCUAGCCGAGAGCAUAACCUGGUUGAGUGGGCCCGGCCUCUCUUGAACCAUCAGAAGAAGCUUUUCAGGAUAUUGGAUCCGAGAUUGGAAGGGCAAUACUCGAAUAGAACUGCCAUAAAGGUGGCAAAUCUGGCAUACCAAUGCCUUAGCCAAAAUCCAAAGGGGAGGCCCGUCAUGAGCCAGGUUGUGGAUAUACUCGAAUCUCUUCAGAUACCCCAUAGACGAGAUGUACCGAUUCAGAGUGGAAAUAGUGCAACCCUUUAAGAGUGCUGCACACAAUCCUACACACAAACAUUCCAAAUGUGAAUGAGAGGGUAAAAGAUGCAGAAGCUCCAACAAGCAAGAGCGAACCUCCAAAGGAGGAUGAUCUCUAUAACCGUCAUCAAGAAUUUAAACCUGUGCAUCAAAUUUCAUGUAAGCCUAAAGUGUAAGUUCAUAAAGAAUUUGAGCACUUGCAGACGCAGUUGAGUUUAUUAAGCUUUGUGUAACAAGAACUUACAUAUUACAAUCAAUCAUAUAUAUAAAUUUUCUAAUUAAAAAAUUUUUAAUUA